CGUACUCAGAGAGCACCAAAGGACUCCAAUAUUGCUGAAGUGAAUCCUAAAAAGUUUGCAGCCCUGCUGAUGGAGAAGCUGGAGCGAGUUUUGAAGGAGCGGGAGAAAGAGGAGAAACUUCAUGCCUCUAUGAGUAGGAUUUUAGAGUCCGACCUGGAGGAAGUGGAUAGAUCAAUGUUAAACAGGACUGUGGAUCGAUCCGUAGACCGACUCGAACGACUCGACAGGUCUAUAGACCGGUCAAUAGAUCGAUCCAUGGAUCGGUCAAUAGACAGAUUAGAUCGGUCACUUGACCGGUCGGCAAUGUUGAGGAAUACGUCCUCUGCUACCUCUAUGCCUUUAAUGACAUCUGCUGUGAUAAUGGACGACGACAAUCCGAAUAGCAUUCUGGAGGAUCAUGUGUCCCGAAUAUGGGAGAGCUCCGCUCAACAGACGCCCACUCGGUCGCCUGGACAACAGUCACCGUCACUAAAGAGGUCGGCAGCCGAUCGCAAGUCAUCGGCAAAUCCCAAUCAGACAAUGCCCUUGCCCAACACCUUGCCAUCUGCAGUGCACAACAAAUCAUUUCACAAGAAACGUCCAGACUAUCAUUCCUCGUUUGACAGUGGAAUGGGCGAGGAAAAACCUAACGUGGAAACACAUCGUCACAUUCACCAUCACCAUCAUCACCAUCAUUCGCGUGACCCUAAGUCCAAGACAUAUAUUGAAAUUGAGGCUCAGCAACAUGUGAGUUGUUGGCCGGGUGAUGCUAAUUCUAGUGCGCGUGGACAAGGGUCAGGAAAUAGUGAAACUACAGAUAGGGGUCGGACUACACGCCGUGCUAAUCGUAAACAUUCGGAUACAAGCAGCAACAUAGACAGUGGAAUAAGCAUGAUCGAGUCCAUAUCGCCGAUGGCUGUGCCAAACGCUAUGGAUCCGUCAACAGAAAAGUAAGUAAAAAUACUGCAU